UGUGAACGAAUCGGCGACGCGUGCGGAUGUAAACGGACUGUUUAACAGUGGCAAAUAAAUUUCCUUUGUUGAAUGCAAAAAAUUCAUUUAGCCGCAAAGAAUCGUUUAUUUUGCGGGCGCGCGUAAGCAGCAUUCAAUAAAAUUGAUUGAUUAAAUAGUGCGUAAAAAUAUUUAAACAAAUUCAUUUUGUGUGUUUUGUGCAAUUGCAGCAAGAAAUAAAGGAAAAACAUAGCUCCUCCUGCCCCAAGGCAACCAGUGAAAAACUGCGCAACACAGCAGGCGAAAAUAUUCGCUCAGACCGACGCACCUACGACGCGUUCCGACAGAUACAAAUAAGAAAACAAAAGAAAGAAAAGAAUUGAAUUAAAGUGUUGCCGAUUUGAAAUAAAAAUGCACUGAGUAGCAACUUUAAUACAUUUUACAAAUCAUAAUCAUGCAAUUCUUAUGAAAUUUUUAAUUUAUCGAAUUGAAAAGCAGCGCGCAAAAGGAAUACGCAAAAGGCAGAGAGUUAAAUAUAUUUGCAAAAAAAUAAAGGGAACAUGACGAAAAGGAAAAGUGCCGCAAAAUAAUCAUGUACAUUGUACGUGUGAGUGUAUGUGUGUGCAAAACAGAAGCAGAAAAAGUCUGAAACGGUGGACGCCACUCCUUUUGCGCAAAAAAAGAAUUUAAGUGUAAAAAGGUAGCGUCGUCUGUGCGACAGAGUUAGCAAGUGAGAGAAAGAGAGCGAGAGUUUGCUGCGCCGAAGUUGAACUUCGCAUACAUACAAACAAGCAAGCAGAGGGCGAAUGUGUGUGUGUGUGACUGUGUGUUUAUUUCUGCAAGGCAAUAGCAAUAAUUGUUGUUGUUGUUCCUGUGUGCAUUUAAAAGUUUGACAGAAAUUUGCAUUUUCAUCUUGCGCAAAAGCGGCCAAAAAACACAGAAGUAAACACAUAGAAAAUGCUGAGGCAGGCGGUUGCUUGAUUGGCGGACAACAACAACAACAACAACAAAAACAACGACAACAACAAAGAAGACGACGACACGCUUGAGUGCUAAAAACCAGCAGCUGAGACGAGUAGGUGGAAAAUCAACACCAACAACAACAACCACACCACCACCUGGGAAAACAACCCAAGCUCAACGAACACCGCACACAACAAUGGCCAAAGUUACGAGUGGAGUCUGCUUUUAGGCGUUGGCCCUGGCCAAAAACUAAAGUGCAAUUUUAUAGCCAAAAACUAACAUAGAGAGGCAGCAAGGAGUGAAACCAAGAGGCAGAGAGGAAAACAAAAACGAGCAAAAAAGACAGCCACAACAUGGAGAAGCCCAUGCAACAUGCCCCCGCACCCGCACCCGUGGGUAAAGUCUCCCAAAUUGCCAACAUCUUCCAGCGCAAACCCAUCGAAAUUCAGCCGGUGGAGCAACUGAGUGCCGUUGCAGCUGCUCAUGCCGCUGCUGCUGCUGCCGCUGCUGCAAAUCCUGCCGGACGUACGGAAUCCCAUUCAGCGAGAUUUAAUAACGCUCGAGCUCUGUUCGAGAAACUUGGCGUGGAGUCCAAUUCCAAUAGACGCGAACUAUUGCGCAGUGGAUCUCGUGAGGAUAAUCUCUGUGACGGCUCGGAUCGUUCCUCAUCGCGUAGCUCCGAUCGUUCACAGUCGCCGCCAAAGCGUCGCAUGCCCUUCCCCUCGGGCGCGUCCCUCAUACAGAACAACAACAACGCAGCAACUCCACAGAACGGAGGAGAGCGACUCAGCAACAGUAAAUUCAUUGUGGAACCGACGACAGCUGUCAAGUAUCCACAGCACAAUUUGUCGCGUCUGAAGUCGGAGGAGGUGGUGGUUGCACCACAGGUGACAGCAGCAGCAGCACCACAACCACCGUCCGGUGGUUCUGUGAGUGCUCUCUUUGCUGGAGGGGAUAAGCCAGAGAAGCCGGAGCGUAAGUUCAAUUCCCGUGAAUUAAUUGAGAAGCAAAAGAAGUGGACAUCGCAUUUCACCAAGACAAAGACAACGCGAACUCACAGCGAUCUCAAUCGCUGUGAUAUCAUAAGGACUGUGCCAGGAACGGGUCUCAUCAUGGAUGGCGAGAAGGCGCCAAAGGCGUUGCCCGUGCCAGCGACGACGACGUCGACGACUCCAGAGCCGCCCUUGCGUCAGCAUCCAGUCAGUGCAGCCACGCCCACUCCAAAUCCAACGCUCCCGCCCACAGCCAUACCGCCGGAGAUAAAACCGCGAAGUGGAAAGAUUGGCAGUCCUGUCAAGUCGCCGCCAUUGCCGCCUAUUCCGGCGGCCAAGCCAAAGAAUGUCAGUCCCGUCAAGUUUAAUCCGGAGCGUGUGCGUUCUCCCACAAAAUGUGCGGAUGUGGCGCCACCGCCACCACCAGCCAAAUCUGCAGCUGUCACGGCGGCCAUGCAACGCUCCAUACUGUUGCAACAGGAACAGCAGCAGCAACAGCAACAACAACAACAGCAGCUCGUGGCACCUGUGCCGCCCGAGAAACCACGCAAAAAGUCCAUCGAUCUCAUUGAGGAUGUAGCGCCCACAACGUGCUCCUCGCCCUCUUCCUGCGCCUCGCCCACAAGCUCGACAAGCACACACAGCGCCCACAUGCAGGCGGCCAAGCGAGGUUCCCUCGAUGCCGCUGCCCACAAUCAAUCCUACACGGCCAAUGCCAAUGGUCUCUCCGGCAGCACCAAUUCAGCCACAUCGGGCUCACCCGUGGCCAGUGCAUCGUCCGGUCCGUCCUCACCCGUGCACACCGAGGAUGAGAAGCAGGAGAAUGAAUCCACAGAGAAGUCGGAAAUGGAGCAUUAUCACAACAACAACUACAACAGUGUGCCACGACGACGACGCAGCGAGAAUGAAGGUCGCAAAUCUGUGGAUGAACAGCAACAACAACAACAACAGCAACAUUCCAGCAACGUCUCCAUCAACGGUUCCCCACAACGUGUGGCCAACAAGCGGAGCAGCAUAAUUGUCAAUAUGCCAGCUGCUGGAUUGGGUCAACGACCUCCCAGCAUCAUAUCGACUGCCAGCCAGGACGAGGGUGGCUUCAAUGAGAGCACACCCGAGCUGAAGGCCAAACUGCAGCCGUCGUAUGUCGAUGACGCCAACGCCGACGAGGAGAAGGAGCAACCGCACAGUCUGAACUAUGUGGAUGUGGGCUAUCGCCUCAAUCCCGAUGGCAGCGAGUCGCGGGAGGUGUACGGCUCCGAGGCGGAACUCUAUGACACGGCCAAGGUGAGCGACAUGCAGCGGAAGUUCCAUGGCGCCAACGGAUUUGUCCAGGAGUCGAGCACAGUUUAUGCGAUUAUCAAGCCGGAACCAGUGCAGGAACCACCACAGCCAGCAACUCCGCCACGCGGCCUGUUGCAAUCGCCCACGUCCAGUGUCGACGGAUCACCGUUGCAUCGUGGCAUCUACAGUUCGCCUCCUGUGGGCGUGGUCUCGCCCAUCAGGCGACGCAACAGCAGCGAACAAAAUGGCAGCAACAGCAGCAAUUGCAGCAACAAAUCGACGCCUCCAAUUUCACCAUCUCGUGCCGCACUUGUCAAGGGAAUUGCUCCGAUUGCCUCCAUAGAUGCACACGAAGAGGAGGAGCUGGAAUUGGAGCAGAAUGAGCAAGAGGACGAACAGCUGGCCGUCGAAUAUGUUGAGGUGCUUGAGGACGAAGAGGAGGGGGAGGAGGAGGAGGUGGCACCCGUUUUGCCUGAGCGGCGUGCUCCGGCUCAAGGUGCUCUCGAGUUGCAGGAUUUGGAGUAUGCGGACACCAGUGCUGGCGAGGAUGAGGAGGAUAUAUUACAGUGCAGUGAAUUGGAUGUGGAGCUCAUCGAUGAUGUGGUCGAUGAGGUGAUCAAGGUACAUGUGACCACAACGAUGAUUGCUGCAACAGCUUCAUCUUCAGCUCCAGCUCCAGCUCCAGCUCCAGCUGCUGCUCCUGUGACAGCUGCUCCUGCUCCUGCUUCUGUGACAGCUGCUCCUGCUGCUGCUAUGCCCCGGGAUGACAGCUUACCGGAUGCCAUGACAGCAGCCGAGGCGGAGCGAUUGUUGAGUUCAAGCAUUUUGGAGAACAAAAUCAGGCAACAGUCGCUGCUGUCGGACGAGCAGGCCAAGGAGGUUGAGCAGAUACUCAACGCAUCGCCGAAUGUGAGCGUGGCUGUUGCUGCCGUUGUUGCAACUGCAACAUCGCCGACCAGCAUCAAGAAUCUCCAGGAGCAGGCAGCUGACAUACAAAUUGCAGCUGUCCCUGCGGUCAUCGAGCAGGAGGAGGAGGAGGAACCAGAGAGGGAAGAGGAGCAAGAAGAGGAGCAACAGCUACGGCAACAGCUUGAGGAAGACUUUGACUCGGAUGACGUUGAAGCUGUAGACAUUGUGGGCAUUGGACAUGCACCACCCGCAACUGCAACCUCGUUGAAUGCCACCUUUGUCAAGGCAGAUAGCACAGAGACGGAGACAACAACCACCACAACAACAACAACAACACCAUCGACUGCAACAGCAACAACACGACACGAUGAUGAUGAACCCGAGUGGUUACGUGAUGUACUCGAGGCACCAAAGCGUAGUCUAGAGAACCUGCUAAUAAACAACAAUCGAGCUGAACUUGAGAAUGGUUACGAGUCCUUGGAGGGUGGAGCUGCAGUUAAACAUUUCCAUUCCCAAUCGAAUUCCGAUUUGAAUCAAACCUAUGUGACUGGAGGGGAAUCGUUGCAUGAAUCAAUUGUCUCGGUGGAAUCGAUACAAUCGGAUGCAACAUUCAAUCAGACGACGACCAUCGAUGACAGCAUCAUCUCGAGCAAACACAAUUCGACAUAUUCUCUAGCGGACGUUGAGCAGGCGACAAGUUCAACGGUGUUAAGCACUGGAAUUACUGAGCUAGACGAUAAUCAGUAUUAUAUACCGGAAUAUCCGCCCGUACGCAGCAAGGAAGUACUCGUUGAGGCCGGUGUCCAUUACUUUGAGGAUGGCAAUUUUUGGAUGGAAGUGCCAGGUCUGCUAGACUUUGAUGACGACGACUGCUCCUAUCCGCCCAUCACCGUACGGAAGAAUCCAAAGGUACGCUUCAGCUCUGGCCCCAUCCACGUCUAUUCCACAUUCUCAGUGACCGAUUACGAUCGCCGCAAUGAAGAUGUCGAUCCGGUUGCCGCUUCGGCGGAAUAUGAACUGGAGAAGCGGGUCGAGAAGAUGCAUGUCUUUCCCGUUGAACUAAUGAAAGGUCCUGAGGGUUUAGGUCUCAGCAUUAUUGGCAUGGGCGUUGGCGCCGAUGCGGGUCUAGAGAAAUUGGGUAUAUUCGUCAAGACGAUCACGGACAACGGCGCCGCAGCGCGUGACGGACGCAUUCAAGUUAACGAUCAGAUAAUUGAGGUGGACGGCAAGAGUUUAGUGGGUGUUACACAAGCCUAUGCAGCUUCAGUGCUGCGCAAUACUUCCGGUCUAGUCAAAUUCCAAAUCGGACGCGAACGUGAUCCGGAAAACUCAGAGGUAGCACAGCUCAUAAGACUGAGUUUGCAGGCGGAUCGCGAAAAAGAAGAGCGUAUUAAGCGUCAACAAGAGGAGUAUCUGCGUCGCACGCUCGAUUACUCCGAGGACUCUACACAGCCCGUAUCCGCCAAUUCAAGUGUGUGCGAGGGACCCUCGAGUCCUGUACAGGUCGAACAUCCCAUGGAGGUCGAGGCCACACACUCCCAGGAGGUUGAGUCGCUCAAGCGACUUCUCCAGGAGAGCGAAAUGGGUUGCCUGGUAAAGGAUGAAAUUAUACAAAAUCUAAAACGAAAGCUGGUGAAGCUCGAGACGACGGGCAAUGAAAAUGAGCUGCUCAGCGAGCGUCUCCGGCAGAGCGAACGGGAGCUGGGCAACAUAAAGAAGGAGGCGGCAAAUCUGCAGAAUAUGUUGCAACAAUCGCAGGCACAGUACAUGGCGCUGGACAAGAAGUACAACAAGGCCAAGAGGCUGGUGCGUGAAUACCAGCAGCGGGAGCAGGACAUGUGCCAUCGUGAGGAGUUCUAUACGCAGCUGUUGCAGGAGAAGGACACCGAGUACAAUGCGCUGGUGAAGAAGCUCAAGGAUCGUGUCAUCCAUCUGGAGCAUGAGCUGCAGGAGACGCAACGCAAAGCCGGUUUUCCCGUGGGAUUGCCCUACGACAGUGCCACACUGAAGUUGACACCACAAAUGAUGCGCAAGACGCCGCCAAAGCCGCUAUUCCACAAACUGGAAACGGAACUUUCCGAUACGGAAAUCUCAGAUCUCUCACCCGAUGGCGAUGGCGUCAAAACCGCCACCGUGGAGCGCAAGGUUCCCGUCAAGGAUGAACUGGAUGCGGCGGUGCCACAGCACGAGCUGCUCGACAAUUCUGUGAACAAGACCAAGAUCGAGCUGGCCUCCCGUGGUGGUCUAGCCAAUCGCCAGCUGCCCUCGACGGCGACUGCGACAGUGUCCGGGAACGGGAAUGGGAAUGGCAAUGGGACCGGGAAUGGCAAUGGCAAUCUCAAUGGCAGCAGCGAACUUCUCUCCAAUGGGAAUCUGAAUCUGAGUAAGCGCAGCAGAAGCAACAGUCGCAGCUCCGAUUGCACCCUGGAUGACAGUGAUGAUGAGGAGGUGGAACUGGAACAAUCACCACUGAAUCCCAUGUCUGGCGGAGGUGGACACGACAGCAUCAGUCUGUCCAAUGGCAACUCGCAUCUGCUGGCGAAUGUCAACAAUCUGUUGCAACAUCAUCCGCCUGCCUCGAAUGCCAUCAUUGGCAGCGGCAUUCUGCCACCCUCGAAUGGACAUCUUGGAACCACAACUGCCAUACUGCUCAACUCGACGUCUUCGGCCUCGUCCAGCUCAUCGAAUCAGUCGACGGCACGUGAGGCACAGAUCAAUCAGCUCUAUGCUCAGGUUCACAAGGAUCCCAGCAAGCAGCAGCAACAACAGCAGCAACAACAACAGCAGCAACAACAACAACAGCUGCCACUGCCACUGCAGUCGACGUCAUCCAGUUUGUUCAAGAGUUCGUUGGGUUCGCCGGCGGAUAAUGGCGCGGGAUUGAAUGAUUUCCAUCGGGGCAGCAUGACAACCUUUGGCACAGGUCCCGCCAGCAGCAGUGCCAGCAAUCGUGAUCUCAACAGCUCGUAUGACUCCAUAUUGGGCUCCAACGAUAAGCUAUCCGAGAAUGAGCAGGCCGAGAAUUGGAUGUAUCCAAGUCGACGUCGAGUCGCCCCCAAUGGCAGCAAGUUGCCUGGUUCCAGUUUCACAGAGCAGCUCAAUCAGGCGCUGUCCGAUCGGGAGAGGCGUCUCGGCGACGGUUCCUCGCGCCACUCGAGCGACGAUUACACGGAGAUCAACAAGAGCCAAAGCGUCGCUGCAAUCAACUGCAAGACGCUGAUCAACGAGAUCCGCCAGGCGGUCAAUGAAGCACAGCCAAAAGUUAAACAAGUUGUUCCACAAUCGCUCUCCCCGCCCGGCACAGUGCCCUGGCAACAGCAGCAUCAUCAGCAACAACAACAGCUGUCGCAAUCGGCACAUGCCACCGGCCCCCCCUCGCCCACCAGCAUGUCCUCGGGCUGCUCAUCACCCGGAUAUUCGCCCAGUCGAACCCUGGAUCUGUCCGGUUCCAGCUCAAGUUUCUCGGAUCGCAAAGCGGCCGCUGCCUGCUACAACUACAAAGGUGGCCCCGUUCACGAAUGGACCAAAGAGCAGGUGGGACACUGGCUGAUGGGCAUCGAAUUGGAGCGUUAUAUUCCCGUCUUCAAGGAGCACAAUGUGGAGGGCGGUGCAUUGUUAACACUCGACUCGAAGGACUUCAAAACUCUGGGCGUUUGUGGCGAUGACAAACAUCGGUUGAAGAAACGCUUGAAGGACCUCAAGGCGAGCAUCGAAAAGGAGCGCAAGGACAUGGAGCGAGAGCGCCGUGAACGUGAGAAGGCCAUACGCAAGGCCGAGAAAAAGGCGGCCAAAAAGAAAUAGUAGUUGAAUUCUAGUUCUUAAGCAACAAAGUAGCCAAAAAGCAAAACCAUAUACAAUGCAUAUAACAAAAACAAAAAAUAGCACUCCUAAGUAGUUCUAUGCAAGCCACAACAUACAUAAAUAUAUAAAUAAAUAUAUAUAUAUAUACACGAUUAUAUAACAGUUGUCUAACAGUUAUAUAUAGUAAUAAUAACUCUAGCAUAACAGAAAUCAUAAUUUAUUUGUACAACACACACAUCUAUUAUUAUACGUACUACAUUUUAACUUAUUGAAAUUAAUGGAAACUAGACUUAAUUAUGAAUUAUUCUAAUAAAUAUAAAAGAUGAAGAAGGAGGCAAAGAGGAGGAGAAAAUAGCAGGAGAAGGAUUAAAAGCUGGUCAAAAUAGCGAUAGUUAGACAGCAGUGGUUGCAGUUACCAGAAAUCUGACUAAAAUCCCAACAAAACCCAACACAACAUUUAAAAUCUACACACAGCAACACUUAAGCAGAUCUACACACACCACACACACACACCUGCACACACUGAAACAAGAAGCUAAAACUAAACAAGAGAACGCGUUGGACUGACUGAUUUUUAUGAUUAAUUUAUAGAAGAAGAAAAAAAAGUAAAGAGAGUAAUACUUUAUGAAAUGAAAACGAAAUGGAAAACUUUAAACCAAAACCCAAAAAGAAACACAUGAAUUGAAUCAAAGAGAAUGAAAAAAUGAAAAUGUAUGAAUAGCACACUUAAGGAAUUCGCUGAACAGACUUGAAGCAUGCCACAAAAAGCAGCUUCAAAUAAACAUAAAUAUAUAA